AUGUUGAAAGCUGUGAGUUUGGCAGUGGAUCUCAUAAUGGCACAUUUCAACUCAAGACAAGACCCAGAAGAAAAGAUCAGACUGGGAAAUAGUUUACUGUGCACCACUAUCAGCAACCUUGUCCUUAAACAGCUCUACCCCGCAAUCCAGAACAUCCUUCAAAAUGGUUUGAAAGCCUAUAAAUUGGACUUGAUUAUUGGACAACGACGCAACAAACUAUGGAACGUCGUCGAGGCCACGGCACGACCAGGCUCAUCUACCCGACUGUCUGACAGCUUGGUGUCUGUGGUAAAAAAAAAUUCCCAGUUAUCAAGUCGCAUGCGGUUCAGUGUCUUCAUCAUAGAUCUGCUAAACUUGCAUGCUUUGGAAUUCUGGAUCCGUCAUUUAUACACUUGCGUUGAUGUUGUGACGGAACACUAUCACCAAUGGGGUUUCUUGGCUUUGGCCCUGGGGCCAACUUAUAGACCACUGUUCCAAGAGCUGCUUCUUUUGCUGCAGCCACUCUCCCUGCUGCAAUUUGACCUCCAUCUUCCAUCCGAACCUCACCUUCAAAGUAAGGAAAAGCAAAACCACAGAGCACCCCUGCCUCAUAGGCUUCUUGCCCAGUCAGCUCAGAUCCUGCAGAUGAGCUCGAUCCAGAAGAACAGCAGGAGUCCAACAGGUCACAGCGAUGUCUUCAGUCAAAGGGUAACUGAUGGAUUUUGGCUUAAUAAGACGCUCACCUCAGAGUGUGAAACACAGAAGAAAGAGGAUGUAGCAACUGGAAUGGAAAACAAUGAGAUGCCACAAUCUUCAACAAGUCCUCUGGAGGACAAAUACUUGAGUGAGCUGCGUUGGGCCAGGCUCUUCGGCUCUAAAGUUGGAACACCAGUUGGCCCACAUAAGGCACAAAUAAACAUGAGUGGACCUCUGAGAAGAAGGCCUUCAGAAUGGCUGAAGCUUGGUGCAUCCAAAGUGGAUCUGCUUGCGCAGUCAGUGUGGAUAGGAAAAUGGCCAGAGACUCAUCUGAGUGGUAACCAUGACAGAGACACCCCAAACAAAGAUGAGAUAUUAUUCUAAAGAGCCCACAAGGAGUCUGAUUUUAGCUAGACAGAGUAGAAGCACAAUUAAUCCAAAAUAAACCUUACAUAGUCAACCGACACAUCCUGUACAAUCCAGUGCAAGUGCACUCAUAUCAUAUUUACCAAUCAGGACAAUCUGUAUUAUACCUUGGUCUUUAAAAGGUAACAAAAUAUUCACUAACUUCAAGCCAUUAUGAGAUAAAGUUUUUAGAUUAAAUUUAUAACACAAUCAUAGUAGUGUAGAGUAUAUAACAUGGAUGGAUAUCGUCUGCCAGCAAUCAAGCACAAAACUGGAACUGAGGUCCUCAGAAGUCUUUUCCAACCAAAUUCUGCACUUUAUCUCUGUCUCAGGUCAUUAUGUCAUGUAAAUCUAGUCAUAUAAUUUCUGCUGUUGUUGAACUAUGUCACCUUUAUUUAUAUAGCGCUUUUAACAAUACAGAUUGUGUCAAAGCAACU